AGCGUUUCCUGUUUUUUUUUUUUUUUUUUCCUGCUUUGGACUCGACAUGGAGCGAGCUGCCACCGAGGACAAGAAGAGACCGGGAAGUGCAGCGAGCGACAGUCUCUCCAAAAAUCUGUCGGUUCCGUUCAGGGGACACAUCUCCGGAGGUCUGCGUCCCGGGAAGAGGCUCCAGCUCGUGGGACUGAUCGACCCCAAACCCGACCGUUUGUUCGUGGCGCUCUCGUGUGGGGUGGGCUCGGAGCGCCCCCCGGAGGACGUGGCGGUGGAGGUGUGCGUGCGCUUCAGGGAGCGCCAGGUGCAGAGGCGGGCCUGUGUGGGCGGAGUCUGGGGCAGCAGCCAAUCAGACGUGCCCUUCUUCCCCUUCAUCAGAGGACAACCGUUCAAGAUGGAGAUUCACUGUGAACAGGGGAGACUUCGGUUUUUCGUCGAUGGAGAAAAACUCUUUGAUUUUUCUCAUAAAAUCUUGAGUCUGAGUCAGAUCGACACUUUGUGGGUCCGAGGCAGCGUCACCCUCACCAAGCUGUCCUGAACCCGGACCGGGACCGGACCGAGACCGGACCGGGACCGGACCAGCUCCAGACCGA